CCAGCACACCCGGCGCCAGGUGCCCGGCGCCUGCUUCGUGGCUGGUGCGCUGUGUAAGAUGGGUGUGGCCGCCCCAGUGAAGGCUUUUGGCAAUCGUGUUGCCUGUCUGCCCUCGGUGGUGGGGCGCGGCCACCGGCGUUCGCGGCCAUGGGCCAUCGACCUGGUCUGGCGGGCCCGGGUUAGUCAGACGAAUAAAACAAGAUUGGCUCCUGCGC